UUAAAUUUGGCACAAGCCUACUUAAUUGAAGCAAAAUGGUGCCACGAGGACCACAUUCCAACAUAUGAUGAGUACAAGGUUAACGGAGUUCAAACGAGUACAUACCCUCUUAUGCUAGCAACCUUUAUCAUUAUGCAAGACUUUGCUACUAAAGAGAUGCUUGAUUGGAAUUUCAUCGGUUUUCCCAAAAUCAUAAAUGCUGUUUCACUAAUGGUCAGACUCGCAAAUGACUUGGCGACACAUAAGGUCGAGCGGCAAAGGAAGCAUGUUGCAUCUGCAGUUGAAUGUUGCAUGAAACAAUAUGGCAUUUCAGAAGAAGAGGCCUACAGUUUCAUUUCGAAGGAAAUAAGUGAUUGUUGGAAGGAUAUAAAUGAAGAGUGCCUUAACUCACAUGACAUUAUUCCAAAGCCUGUGAUUAACUGCAUUCUUAACUUGGCACGUACAAGUGAGAUGGUUUAUGAAAACUUCGAGGAUAAAUACACAAACAAUCAACUUCUAAAGGAUCACAUCGCGGCUCUCCUUCUGGAUCCCAUCGUCAUCUAGCAUGCACAAAUGUUCCGUUAUAUUAUAUGUGUGUGUGGGACAAAAUUAAAGUUGGCUUUCUCUAUUGGUGUGUUAUGUUAUCGUUAAUAAGGACGAGGAGAACUGCUGAAAGCUUAGAUAAAUAAUGUUAGGUUUUCAAAUGUUAUUGGGUCUUAAUUAGUCUUCUAAUAAUUAUAUGUAUGUUGUUUAA